CUUCCCUGGGGGGCUGGAGGAACCCGGGCUCCGACCCCCGCCCCGCUUCUGCCUCCUGCUCCUUGCUGUGACCUCUGACAACCCUGGCCGCGGAAGGAAGGGGCGGCAGCGAGGUGCCUUCAGCCUGCCUGGCCCCCUCAAGAAGCGGAGAUGGAGGCUCCCAAGAAGGAAGACAUUCUUCUGUUGGCUGAUGAAAAGUUUGACUUCGACCUUUCGUUGUCUUCUUCAAGUGCCAAUGAAGAUGAUGAAGUCUUUUUUGGACCUAUUGGCCAUAAAGAAAGAUGUAUUGCUGCCAGCUUAGAAUUAAAUAAUCAAAUUCCCGAAGAACCUCCUUUGCCAGCUUCUGAAAGACACUUCACCUGGAGUCCACUCACAGGGGAAAAGUUUGUGGAAGUUUAUAAAGAAGCUCACUUACUGGCCUUCCAGAUACAAAGCAACGGCAGAACCAAGGCGGCCCAGGCCGCCCAGCCCGAAGACCCUGGGAGCCAGGGAGUGGAAAGAUUCAUACAGGAGUCAAAACUCAAAAUAAACCUCUUUGAUAGAGAAAACGAAAUGAAGAAAAGCCCCAAGUCACUUAAGCGGGAGACGUACUGCCUGUCGGACGGCCUCUGGAGGGCACCUCUGCUCCGGGGCACUCAGCCCGCCUCCAGCACAGCCCUGCCAGCCUCUCCUGCCCAGGCCAGCUGCCCCGAAACCUCGGGGAUGCCACCCGCCUCGUGCCCUUCUCUGCCAGCAGAGACCAGUGCUGCUCAGCCUCCAAACCAGGCCGGGGCUCAGAAGAAGGUUGCCAGCAAGUUGCCGCCACCCCGAACCUCGUCCCUUCGAGGAAAGAGCCUUCACUCGGCCAUGGAGAAGCCUGCGAGAGAGAAACCAGCUAGUCCUCCCGGGAUGAAAAUCCAAGAUGAAAAGGACGCCCAUGGCAGCAUGCCCCCGGACAAGCCCAGCACCGCCCGGGACGUCGCCAGCCUGCCCGCCAGUGGGAGCCACCUGGUCCCAGGCAAGCGGUCGCUCCCAGUUCCAAACAAGUCCGGGCCGAAGAAGACCAUGCUGAAGCCACCUGGAUGCGCUGGUGGCCUGGCGGGAAGGUGCUCGUCGGGGUCUGUCUCGGGCCUGAGCUCCGCUGUCUGUGCUUCUCCUGCGGCUGGCAGAGCUAAACCAAGUGAACGUCCAGGCAUCUCUGCAGACAGUGCCCGGUCAAGCUCCAGCCAGACGGGCAGAAUGGGGCAUGGCCUGCCACGGCCGUCCCUGAAGGCGGGCCCCGGGGGCAUGGCCUGCAGGCAAAGCCAGAGGCCAGGGGCUGCGGAGCGGCCUGCGGAGCAGCCCAGGGGGCCCCCCAGAGCAGCCCUCCCCCAGCCCCAGACCCCGGACCAGGGAGGCCCUGGGCCGAGCUCUCACUGUGGUUGGCCACAGUCUUCUGAAAGGGACAAGACUGGGGGCACAGUGAGGCGCGGUUCCCGCCUGAGCUCCAAGGCAAAGGCUGUGCCUGCCCCUGCGGAUCAAUUUAGAAUUCCCAGGCUUUCCACUGGUGAACCCCCAGAUGGUGCAACGCCGAAGUCCUGUCGAGCGCAGAGGCCACAGUCCUGCACAUCGGUGGGGAGGGUGGCCCACAGCACUCCCGUGAGGUGGUCCUCAGCCACACAGAGCCUGGUCAGCAGCAUGAGGACCCCCGUGAGCACGAGGCGCCUGCCUGCACCUGCCGGCCGCCGGCUCUCCAGCCUCCCUCUGGCAACCCCCACGCCCAGGCCCAGGCCUCUGGCUUCUCCCCUGCCUGCGUCUGCUCUGCGACUCUCUUCUGAGCCCCAGAAAAAAUCCACAGUGAGAACUGCGCCCGCCAGGGAGGGCGACGGCCAGCCUGCCUUCAGGCGCCCUGACUCGUCCCCUGACGGGAGCUGCUCGCCUCCGUCUGCUGUGCCGCAGGCACUGGACUUUUCUCCAGAAAAGAGUGAUUUUACUUUUUCACAAAGUAUCACCGCAGAAGUCGCCCUGGACGAAGCGCAGCCCCCUGAAGCCACAGCCCCCAGUGAGGCUCUCCUCGUGGAUGUCAAACUGGAUCAACUCAACCUCACCGUGGAGGCUGUGGCCACAGCCCUGGAUGACCGCCCGCUCAUCGACUUCUGCAGGAGCCCCAAGGCGGUUGUGGCCCUGCCGUCUGGAAGUGGGCCCCUGGUCGACCUCCUGACAAACACCCCAGAGGCGCACAGGAAGGCCGUGGCCAAGCCCCCCGACGAGGUGGGACAGCUCAUAGACUUGGCUUCCCCUCUGAUCCUGCUGAGUCCCGGCGCUGACAAGGAGAACGUGGGGUCUCCGCUCCUCAAGUUCUGAGUGCAGUGAAGCUCUUUGCACUUUACUCAGUUGCAGCAACAGUCCUAAAGUGGUACUCGACUGUCAGAGAUAAGUUUUAGAAGAAUUUGUGUUGGAAAAGUUGUAAAACGAAACAAAAACCUAAGUGAAGUUACCGUGCCUGGAGCGGGCCAUGGUAUCAGGGGGCGGUGUUUGGCCACCUAAGGUCACUGCAGGCCAAUGGCCUCCAUCCUCCUGGCCCCGCCCCUGUCCUGGGUGCAGACUGAAAAAUGGGUACGUUCUGGAUGAGUCUGGAUUGUUUGCAUAUAAAAUAGCAAGUGACCAUCUUUAAAGUUAAGAUUGUAUGAAAAGUUAAAUAUUCUAGUUUAAGUUAAAUGGUAAAAGUAAAUGAAAAUGGAUUAAACCACCUCUUGAUGUUUAAGAUUA